CGGAGCUGCAGUAUAUGAGAGGGUCUCCUGGGUCUAGCUUCACUGCAGUGUAGAGAAGGGCACGGCAGCUGGUUUAAUACAAUGCGAUGAAGGAUGGUGCACCAGGAGAAACGCGUUUACCAGGCCCAGAGGAAUGAGAGAGAGUCCAUCAGGCAGAAACUUGCCCUUGGCAGUUUCUAUGACGACGAGCCAGUCAUCUACACCAGCUGCAGCAAGAAUGGCCCAUCCUCCCGGCUGCAGGGUGGUGUGAACCUGCAGGUGUGUUUCGUUAAUGACAGCAGCAGUGACAAAGACAGCGAUGCUGAGGACAGCAGGACAGAGACCAGUCUCGACACGCCGCUGUCACCUGUGAGCAAGCAGAGCUCUUCGUUAUCAGACCGGGACACGGCGGAAGAGGACUCAGACCCGUUAGAUGACUGCAGCGGGUUCUGGCGGGUGCAGCGGAGACUGCAGGAGGAGGCCCGGGUGGCACUAGCUCUAGCUCGACCCAUGGCUCGCAUGCAGGUGGAGGUGGAGAGGCAGAUCCAACUGCACAGACGUUCACCUGUGGCUGACUUGCUUCCCCAUUUGCCUCACAUCAGCGAGGGUUUGAUGAAGAGGAAUUUGAGGCGAGGGGACAUGAGGGACAUGAGUCUUGGACAGCUGCAAGUCAUCACAAAUGACUUACACUCACAGAUUCAGAGUUUAAAUGAGGAGCUGGUGCAGUUGCUGCUGAUGAGGGAUGAGCUUCAUGUGGAGCAGGACGCUAUGUUGGUGGACAUAGAGGACCUCACCAGGCACGCCCACAGCCAUCAGCGGCACCAGGCAGACAAAGCUAUGUCUAAAUAAAACACCCUGUCUUCACGUGUGUCUGUCUGCACGCCACCCAACCCACCGCUUCAUGGACUGUCACCACUGUUACCAACGAAACUCCAUAUCUGUGCUGACUGUUUUCUGGAGAGAUGAAUGCAGGAUAUAGUAUAACACACACAUAAUGUGUCGCACCACAACACAGGAUGUUGUCAAAGGACAGACGUGAUUGCUGUUUUCAGUAUGUGUGGGCUUUUCACUUCCACUCGGCAUGAUUAAUCAUAGUAUAUUUCACAGAAUUAGGGGAAUCCUCUUGACACUGAUUUACCUCUUCAUUAUUUUGCACAGUACACUCAUGUAUGUUAAAGCUGGGUCAGAGGGAGCCCCUAGGCAUCUUUUUUCUCACUUAUCUCAAAGAGGAUGAUGAUUUUCAGGGGCCACACCUAACUGAAAUGAAGAUCAAUUAACAUCGUCUUUUGUUUGUCUCUAUAAUGAUCAAGAAGAUUUAUCUGUUCUUCUGUAGAUAUGCAGUAUUUACCAAUUUCAUUACUUUCUUUUCACUUAGAGCACUGUGUCAACACUGUUUAACACCGAAUUUCACUAUAAUAACGUCUACUGUCUGAGCAACAGAAAAUAACAAACACUCUGCAUCUGUGCUCAUGUAAAGCUUAGCUUCACAGAGGUCUUGAUCACUUAGGCACAAAAUUUGAUGUAACAGUUUCCACCUGCUUUAAAUAUGUAUUAAGAGCUAAUUUGGACCACAUUUUGAACUAUUUAGACAAAUUUAUAUUCAUCAAAUGUGGUGAUACUUGAAACAUUAGACAAAAUGACAAGAUGUGAGUUCAAAAAUUAUUUUGGGUUAAUAUAUAUAGAUAGAGGAGGCAACAGGGGAGGCAUGUUGACAUGAACAGCCUCUUAAUAAAAAUAUGCAAUGUGAUUUUUGUCAUGCUCAAUUUACCAAUGCUGAAAGUUUAACAUUAAAAAACAAAUAUAUUAAUAAAUCACAGUCUAAGCAUAUAUCUAUUUUAUCUGUUGAAAAGGUUUAUGGACAUAUUGUAUGUAAAUGUUACAAGAUACUUUAUUAUAAGGAUGAGGAUCAUGCCUUGUUAUCUGGCUGUGUUUAGGUGUUUUCACUCUCAGCUUUUUAAGAAUGUCAAUUAACACAAAGUUAAACUUUCUUUUUCUAUUGUUUGCUCUAUUGAUUAAUGUACUGU